CCAUCUCUAACAAUGGAUUAUGGUCCAUCUCUAUCAAUAAUUGAUCGAUUGAUUAAAUGCAAGAGGGCCCGACGGGCGGGAAAUUAGUUGCUAAUUUAAACGCAAAUUAAAAUUGUAAUUAAGUCUGACAAUGUCUGAGGAUAUAAUUGAGGCCAAGUCCAUGGCAGCGACAGCGAUGACGUCAUACGCUGCAGCAGCAGUAGCAGCAGCAGCAGCAACAAAUACAAAGCGGCAAGAUCUUAGAGCCAAAGAGCACUUAGAACCGGCAAGAACCGCAAACGAACGGAGAAUCGCCUACAUAUUCUGGCAUUAUUAAAAAUUCUAUGUGUUUAUUUUCUUCUGGCAUUGGUUAGCUAAACUACAACAAUAACAGCAACACCACAGCCCCACGCACACGGAGAAGAAGCAAAAACAAAAACAAAAACAAAAACAGAGUAGAGAGAGAGCGUAGAGAGCAGCAGCAGCGGCGAAAAAUUACUCAUGUGCCAAAGUGGCAGAACAAAAACAAAAUAACAAAUAUUAAAAAUAAUAAUAAAAUAAAGGCGAUUGCCAAAAAAGAGAUCUUGCCUUCUGCGCGGCACUGGCAUUGUUAUUAGUUCAGCAACGAUGUCCGAAGAUGCCAAGAGUCCUGGACCACGAACACGGAACAUCAUCGAGAACCAGUUGUUCCGCCGGCAGCGCAGUCUCAAGUUGGAAGCACUGCAGCGCCAAAAGACCUUGGACUCUGGCGAUUCCGGUGACGGCGAUGCUCCCGACUCCCAGCCCUUCGAGAAGACCCACAUUGUCAUUAUUUUCACGGAGAAGGCCAAGCUGCGACACUGCCAGGAUGUGGAAAAGAUAAUCCAGGAGUUUGGCAUCCAGACUACUCUAGAAAUUGUUGGGACCUCUGAAAAGUAUCUGUAUCUAUCGGCCAGCAUAGACACAUUACUCCGUCUGGCCGAUGCCGCGGAACUGGAGAAGAUGACCACCACGGGCAGCAUGCAGAAGUUCAACAACGGCUGCAUCUCCGACUUCCUCCUACCCGGUAUGGGCAAGGAGCAGAUACUCCGCUAUUGCGAGAUCCCUGUCCUGAUCAAGGACGCCAUACAGGAUGGGAUCAAGUCGUAUGUGCAGAAAGGCUACAUCGAAGACAUGUUUCCCCUGCACGAUAUUCUCUAUCUGGACCGUUUCAAUUUGAAUCUCAAGCGCACCCGCCUGCCCAUCGAGGACAUUCGAAACUAUUUCGGCUCUAGCAUUGGCCUGUACUUCGGCUUCAUUGAGUUCUACACGAAGGCCCUCAUAUUUCCGGCUGUCUUUGGGAUACUUCAGUGCCUCCUCGAUUUGAAUCUCUCGCUGGUCUGCAGCUUCUAUGUGAUCUGGACAACGAUCUUCCUGGAGCUGUGGAAACGCAAGUGUGCUGGCUAUUCCUACCGCUGGGGCACCAUCGAAAUGAGCAGCCUGGACAAGCCGCGGUCGGCAUAUACGGGAAAGUUACGCCCCGAUCCGAUCACCGGACGCAUGACCUUGCAGUAUCCGAUGCGGUAUACCUACCUUCAAAUGUAUUGCAUCUCGUAUCCGGUGGUUUUCGGAUGCGUUGUGGCCGCCGGAUGGUUCGCUCUCUACCAAUUCCAGAUCGAGGCCGAGGUCUUGGCCGAUUUCGGUGCCGAUUCGUGGCUGUUGUACGUUCCGGUUAUUGUUCAGUCCGUACUGAUUGCCAUAUUCUCGUGGGCCUACGAGAAGCUGGCCACAUUCCUGACCAAUCUGGAGAACCAUCGCACCAGGUCGCAGUACGACCGGCAUAGAGUCAACAAGCUGAUGCUCUUCGAGAUCGUCAACAACUUCUUUUCGCAGUUCUACAUAGCGUUCGUCCUGCAGGAUCUGAGGCAAUUGAAGUACCAGCUGAUGAUGCAGUUGCUCGUCUUCCAGAUCGUCUGCAUUGCCCAGGAGAUCGGGAUACCGUUGUUGGCGGUGGUGCGCCAGAAAUAUGCCGAGUUCCGGCAUCGCGAGGUGGCCGAGGAGAAGCUGCGUUCGAUCAGCGAUGUGGCCCGCUACGAACAGUCCUUUUUCGAGUCCGGCCUCGAUGCCUACCAUUCCACAUACGAGGACUACCUGCAGGUGUGCAUCCAGUUUGGCUACGUUGUCCUCUUUGCCGCCGUGGCGCCGUUUGCGGCGAUCGGCGCCCUGCUGAACAAUGUCUUUGCGGUCCACAUCGACAUGUUCAAGUUGUGCAACAUCUUCAAGCGGCCCUUCGCCCGCCGGGCCAAGAACAUCGGCGCCUGGCAGCUGGCCUUUGAGCUGCUCUCCGUGAUGUCCUUGCUGAGCAACUGCGGCCUGUUGUUCCUACAACCAAAUGUCAAGGACCUGCUCACCCACUGGAUGCCCUCGGUUCCGGAACUCUCUUUCGUGAUUUUUGAGCAUCUUCUGCUGGGCCUGAAGUUCCUCAUCCACAAGGUCAUCCACGAACGUCCGCGCUGGGUGCGGAUUGGCCUUCUCAAGGCCGACUAUGAAACCAGCCAGGCCCUCAAGCAACUCAAGAAAUUCAAGGCGGAGGCCAACAAGCAGGCCUAGGCAGGUCUCCCAGGGUCAACAGGAUCUCCCACAUCCUUUCUAUGUUGGUGCUAAACAUAACCAGUCCAUUUUCGUCAAAGGGAUAUUGCUUUUUGUGUGCAUUGUGAGCGCUUCUACCGCCGGAAGGGUGCCUUAACUGAUAUAUCUUACAUUUAAUAUAAAUAUCUGCGAAAAAAUAGAA